AUGCCAGCAUACAUGAAAACGGCAAAUGAGACACUCAUCACUUGUGUUCAGAUUGAAUCGAAAGCCGGAGUCGAGAACGUUGACGCCAUCUGUGCUGUUCCUGGUGUUGAUAUGAUCUUUAUCGGACCGAAUGAUCUUGCCCUCUCACUCCUUGGUUAUGUUCCCGCCAAAGGUGAUGAGCCCGAGUUUGUCGAUGCUAUCGAUAAGAUCGUGGCGGCGGCUAGAAAGCAUGGUAAAUGGGUUAGCCGAUUAUCGAAUAACGGGGCUUUGUGCAAGGAGCAUUUGAAAGUGUUCGAUACUGUGGCAAUGAGCUAUGAUGUUCGGGCAAUUCAAAAUUGGUAUACAGCUGAGUUGCAAGUUGCGCGUUCGUGA